AUGUUACGAAUGGUUAGUGGAAAGCCUUCACUCUUUUCCGUGCUUUUCAUGACUCAAAUCUUCCACGGCAUUACCAGCCACCAGUGUGGAGCCGGCAUUUACUCCAUUUUUCAAAAGAUGCUCAGGGGCCACACCUAUAUGACGAUUGAGAGCCAAGCCGGUACCGUCGCGCUGGAAUGCAGGGAAGCUUGUCACACUGAUUUCAGAUGUCAAAGCUAUAACAUCGAUGUACUUAAUUCAAAGUGUGAGUUAAACAACCGGACCAAAGAGGCCAGACCUGAGGACUUUGUCAAACAUAAAGACAGAUACUACAUGGCGAGAAACUCAAAACGAGGUAACAGAACUUUACACCAGAAAUAAUUGAUUUUUUGUUCAACGUUCAAAUAAGUACCUCGUUCAAGGAUUCUAAAGUGGUACUCAUCGUUGUUUCUCAUUUUUGUACUUUCUACAAUUCCAGUCCCUCUCGGCUCUAUUCCUGAGCUACCUGCCUAUUCGUGCCGAGAGAUUAAGGCGAGUGAGGGAGGACAAGCGGUCAGCGGUACAUACUGGUUGGAUUCCACCAGGUCUGGGAACUCUAUUCUAGCUCACUGUGACAUGAAAACAGAAGGUUAGGAAGACAAAAUUUUCAUGAUGACUUUCAUAAUGUGUGAGUAAGUUUCAUUUAGAGAUUUUUCCCAUCCAGUCGCAGAUUACUGCAUUCAACACCAGUGCCAAAACAAUGCCAGGUGCAUAAACCAUCACGUGAACUACACGUGUGCCUGUAACUUAUCUGGGUGGACUGGAAACUUCUGUGAGCAAGAUAAAUUCAACGCUCAAUUCUUUGCUUUCAAUAAUAAAAACCAAGUUUAACUGAUUGAAUGACAACUCUUUCCACUAUUUUAUCAAGGCGCGAAAAAAGAUUACCACACAUUCCCAUGAAUUUCGGAGUGCGCCAAAGGUAUGUUUGUUAUCAGUUAGGCUGCUACAUGGCCUACAAAAGUAACACGUCUCUCAUUUUUUGUCUAUCCACCUAGAGCCAGAGUUUAAAGCUGUCUUCACAAACCUUGGUUCGACUGCAGCUGGUGGUCCAAGCUCAAUUGGUAGUCACUAUACAGGGCAAGAUCAUGACGGACAAGUUACUGUGUCCAGCGGUAUUCAAUUGUGGACUGUGCCAUACACUGGAGAAUAUAGAAUAGAAGCAAUAGGAGGUGCAGGGUGGUACGGUGAGAACAGUGUCGUCCAGAACGGAGGAAGAGGAGCCAAGUUGACCGGAAACUUUAAUUUGACCAAAGAUGAGAUCAUUCGUAUACUUGUUGGUCAUAAAGGAAAGAGAGGGCCUAACUCCAAAACAACUACAGGAGGCGGGGGAGGUACAUUUGUGGUGAGAGGAACCAAUACGCCUUUAAUCAUAGCUGGAGGUGGUGGGGGAAUUAAAAACAUGUCAGAACGACAUUCAGGGAUGUGAUGCAUCCCUAAGCACCACAGGGAAUACUGGGUACUCCUCGUCAUUGGGGUCAGGAGGAACUAGUGGAAAUGGAGGAGGUAGCGCUGGUAAUAGGCCAGGUUAGUAAAAUGAGAUUUACCCAAUCAUCUUCAAACUAGGGGUACUGUGAGAUGAGUUACAAAAACCCAUAUUUGUGGCAAUCAUUGGGGCUUAUUCAUUGGAAGCAUACACGCCAAUAAGUCGAACACUUUGCAAAAUCUUAGUUCACUUGAAUGUAGCUCGUUCACUUACAUUCUCAUCGCUCUUGCGCCCAUAUUACAUUAUUUUAAAGCCACCAAGUUUACGAAAACACAUUAGGUCAUAAAAGUAAACAAGGAGGACAUUUGCACAGUUAUCAAGAAUGUUGAUUGGGUGAUGCAGUAAAAGCAUUGCAGGAAUAACACGGACUUAUUUUGAACAGGGAUUCGAUUUUCGUAACUUGCUUUUCAAGUCCUCUAAGGCAAAGCAUAGAAAAACAUAGAACUAAGUUGUAAAUAAAACAAAAAAGGUAUUCUCCCGCCAUUUAUAUAGAUGCGCUCAGGUACCAUUAAAGAGAUUCACUGGAAAUCUCUUUUAUCGUUUUAGGUGGCGGCGGCGGUGGCUUUUAUGGUAAUGGGGGAGGAGGAGGUAAAGGUGGCAAAGGAUUUCUCAAUGGUGGAAAGGGUGGAACGUAUAACGGUGGGUUCGGAGGUGGCGGCGGAAAUCCAGCUUACUCUGGGGGAGCUGGCGGCGGUGGAGGUUACUCUGGGGGAGCUGGAUGUGUUAAUGAAGAUCCCUCUUGUGGUGGUGGAGGAGGAUCUUUUAACAGUGGAACAAAUCAGGAAAAUGAAUGUUGUUAUAAUACGGCUGGAAAUGGUAAAGUGACUAUCACCUUUAUCGAGUGAUCAAUGCGCAUGGCAACAACAAAAAAAAUUUUAUUGUGGAAUUUCACACAAUAUCAUAAUUCUUAAUAUAAUGAAAAAAUAUAAGACAAAUUACGGCUUCUGUCAUAUCGUGAUAUUAGUAUACACAAGGAAUUCUCAGACGAAAUAGUGUACGAUUUGAUUUACUUACAGAUUCACAGAAAUUACUAAAAUUAUCCAUCGGAA